ACCAUUAUAUUAACAAACAGAGCAGGCGAGACAGAGAGAGAAUUGGUUCCGUUUUCAUGGCGGCCAUUGGAGCUCUGGCAUACCUCGCCGCCGGCUUAUCUCCAUUUUCUCAGCGGCGCACCACCUUGUACGGAGGAAUACAGAAACGUCGAGGGAUUUCUUUGGCUGUCUCGACGGAGCGGAUAGAUGGGGCGACGAGUUUUGGAGAGGAUGCAAGGUUUGAGAACAAGAAGAAGAAAGCAAUGAAGGAAGAAACUGAGGUGAAACCAAACAUUUACGCGAACCCGGAGGAGUUGCCGGAAGUGGAGGAAGGCAAAAAGGGGUUGAAGGAUUACUUUGAAGAGUGUAAAGAGUUGGUCAGAUCAGAUGGUGGCCCGCCUCGUUGGUUCUCUCCUUUGGAGUGCUCUUCUAGUUCCCCAGAUUGUCCUUUGCUUCUCUUUUUGCCUGGAAUUGAUGGCACUGGACUUGGGCUUGUAAUGCGUCAUCAUAAGCUUGGAAAGAUGUUCAAUGUCUGGUGCUUGCAUAUUCCAGUUAAGGAUAGAACACCAUUUACAGAGCUAGUGAAACUUGUGGAAAGAACAGUAAGGUCAGAGAACUACAGGUCACCAAAUAGGCCAAUAUAUCUGGUAGGAGAAUCUCUUGGAGCAUGCCUUGCCAUUGCAGUUGCAGCUCGGAAUCCUGAGAUGGAUCUUGUACUUGUUUUAUCUAACCCAGCAACAUCUUUUAGUAAGUCACAGCUGCAACCACUAAUACCUCUACUGGAGAUUAUGCCUGAUCGGUUCCCACUUAAUCUCUCUUACAUGCUGAGCUUACCUACAGGUGAUCCUUCGAGGAUGCUGAUGGAUAAUUUUGUGAAAAGAGGUCCUCUGUCCCAAACUAUUGGAGAGCUAUCUCAAGAUCUCGUUACAAUGUCAUCAUACCUCCCGGUUCUGGCUGAUAUUUUACCUAGGGAAACACUUCAGUGGAAGCUAGAUUUGCUGAAAUCUGGUUCUGCAUGUGCCAACUCAUGCCUUCAUGCUGUAAAAGCUCAGAUGCUGAUCCUUUGCAGUGGAAGAGAUCAGCUGUUGCCUAGUCAAGAGGAAAGCCAAAGGCUUCAAAAAGCAAUGCCAGACUGUGAGAUUCGUAUUUUUGAGGAAAGUGGUCAUUUUCUCUUCCUGGAAGAUAGUGUUGAUUUGGUCACAAUCAUCAAGGGUGCUACUUUCUACCGCCGUGGAAAGCACCUUGACCGUGUGUCAGAUUACAUGCCACCAACACCUUGUGAAUUCAAAAGAAUAUAUGAAUCGUUUAGAUGGAUUGUUACUGCUACUGGCCCUGUGAUGCUUUCAACAUUAGAGGAUGGGAAGGUGGUGAGGGGACUUGCCGGAAUUCCAUCAGAGGGACCAGUCUUGUUCGUCGGUUAUCACAUGUUAAUGGGGAUUGAAAUUAUUCCAUUGGUCGCUCAGCUUCUGACGGACAGAAAUAUUCUUGUUCGUGGGAUAGCCCAUCCAGCAAUGUUCGUAAGAGUGAAAGACAGAAGGCCCCCUGAGCCUGAGCCAUCAAACUUUGACGUGUUUAGAGUAAUGGGUGCAGUUCCUGUCUCACCAGCAAACUUCUACAAGCUCAUGUCUUCAAAAUCUCAUGCCUUGUUGUACCCUGGUGGCAUACGUGAGGCCCUGCACAGGAAGGGUGAAGAAUACAAGUUAUUCUGGCCAGAACAAUCUGAGUUUGUGAGGAUGGCAGCUAGAUUUGGAGCCAAAAUUAUUCCUUUUGGUGUUGUUGGAGAGGAUGAUAUCGCUGAGAUAAUUUUAGACUACAACGACCAAAUGAAGAUUCCUUGGAGAAGAGAAGUAAUAGAACGAGUAACCAAUCGAUCUAUAAAACUAAGGACUGAUGCAACUGGCGAGGUGGCAAACCAACAAAUGCACUUACCAUGGAUGCUACCAAAAUUUCCAGGCCGGUUUUAUUAUUACUUCGGGAAGCCGAUCGAAACUGAAGGGAUGAAGGUGGAACUAAGAGACAAGGACAAGUCUCAUGAACUGUACCUGCACAUCAAGUCCGAGGUUGAGAGAUGCCUUGCUUACUUGAAAGAGAGGAGAGAAAAAGAUCCUUACAGGAAUCUGUUGUCUCGGCUAGCAUACCAGGCCACUCAUGGCUCAACCUCUGCCUCUCAAAUUCCAACAUUUGAGCUCUGAUUUGCUCUGCCUAAACAUCAUCAUCUUCAGUUCAUGGUUUUCUCCAUUGUUUUCUCCACUUUCAUUUUGUGCUUGGUUAUCAAUAAUUUAUAACAUAUCAAAUGUAUC